AUGGAGUACACUGACGGCAGACACCACAGUCAAACCAUGGCCUACGAUCCUUGCAUGGACCAUGGAUACGGCAUGGACCACUACCAAAACCUAGACUACGCUCAGAACACCUUGAAACGAACAUAUCCAUUCGGAGAAGAAGAGCAAGUGCCGCUCGAGGAAAGCCUGUUGGGUCUUAGCCCGGUACCGGCCAACGAACCAUUAUGCUUGCUUGGCUCGGUUGUCAAUGUGAACGCGCAAUUGCGAAGGCAAACAUGGGGGUAUCUUGCACCUCAGCCCAUUCUUGGAGGACUUGGACCAAAUGACCUGCUCACUGUUUCGUUAGUAGGCGACUACUUCGAACUAUCGCAUGCCAACUACGCAUUUGCACGACUGGACAAGAGCUUCUGCGAUGAAGCCCGGCGUCUUGUUGAUCUCGGGGUCAAUUUCCAGGCACGAGUAGACCGAGCCCAAUGGGUGACAAUACGAAGAGGGUGGGCAUCCUCCUCAGGCCAAGCUAUUAGCACUACCUUUGCUGUAGAUGUGAGCGUAUACAGCCGCAGGAACCACGCUGACAGAGUUGGUGACAUCCUACUGCGAUCCAAUCUUUUCCUACAACAUCCUGCCCACCACUUUGAUAACGAAGACUACUAUAAUCCUCAGAUCCUGGAGCUGGAGGGUUUCGAGGAGAAUCCUGACGACGUGGCAACUGAGCCGAUGGAGGACGAAGUAUCGACCGUGGUCGCAGACACCUCUAUUCAAAGCGAUGCGAAGCCAUCUGGAGCCUCCACUGACCACGUGGAGCUUAUAUUGGACUCUCUAUCGCAUAAAAAUAUUCUGCACGAGAUUCGCACUGACACUAACCUGAUUAAGAGCUGGUUUUCGACUAACAUGAUCUAUAGACAUCAGAUGACGGCCCUGGAUUUCGUUGUCCAGCGAGAGAGUGACCGACCUCCAGAGCAAUUGACAUUCUGGCGUGAAAGACGAGUGUCUGGGGAGACAGAGUAUGCUGAUAUCAAUGUUGGAGUCUUCAACAGCUCAAUUGACUCUCCCAAACCGCACGAAGCCCGAGGUGGUAUUAUUGCGGAUGAUAUGGGACUCGGCAAAUCCUUGACGAUACUGUCUGCUAUUGCUAGCUCCCUCGGCGAAGCAGCCGAGUUUGCUUCAACCCACCAAGCGAGCUCAAUAGAGCCACUUCACGCCCAGAACCGAUCUCGGGCCACCUUGAUUAUGGUCCCAUCCACUGCAAUUAACCUCGACACAGUCUUGAUUGACAAUUGGAUUGACGAAAUCCGUAUGCAAGUGGAACGUCCUGACCUUGCUCUCCAGCCCGUUCUGACAUUCAUAGGCACACUCAUCCGCAUAAAAUUUCCGCAGCUUUUGGGAGAAAGAGACAUCGUCUUUACUACGUUUGCGACAGCCUGGAAAGAUUUCAAGAAGGGUUCAUCGCCUUUGGCGAGAGUUCAUUGGUUCCGCAUUGUUUUAGACGAAGCGCAUAAGAUUCGAAACCGCACAACCCAGCAAUUCAAGGCAGUUCACGAGUUACGAGCACAGCGUCGGUGGUGCCUCACUGGAACGCCAAUACAGAACCGUCUUGAAGACCUUGGCAGCCUGAUCGCAUUUCUCAGAGUUCCCCAUAUGGAAAAUGCGCUGGUCUUCCGUAAGCAUAUCAUUGCCCCUACAUCGCCGGAACGAGGAAGCCAAUUUCAAAAUCUUCAGAUCCUUCUCAGGACCGUCUGUCUAAGGCGCACAAGGGAGAUCCUUGCUUUACCUGAGCCCAUAGUGCAACCGCGGCUCCUUGACUUUUCGACAGAGGAGCGGUAUCGGUAUGAUGAGCUGUAUGAACACUACAAGAAGCACAUUCAGAUGGCAGUGAGUGGGGUUCGGGGAAAAGUCGUUUCUACGACACUUCAGUCGAUUCAUGAAUUGCGCCUGUUUUGUAACAAUGGUCCAAAAAAGAUGCAAAACGAAUUGCAAGCGUCAGAAGAGGAAGUCUUGUCGUAUUUGCAGCAGCUCGGACAGAAUGAGUGCUCCAAUUGCACUCAACCCAUCAAUUGCAUCGACAAAUUUGGAGAGCAAGAGGGCGGUGUGCUUAUCUCGUCAUGCAAGCACCUUGUAUGCCGCAGUUGCCUGCCGCAGUGCUUGGACAAACGGAAAAAUUGUCGACUUUGCGCAUCGGGCAAAAGCCCACCAGAAUUCGCGAACCACAUCGGAGCAGAUGCUCCCGUUCUGGCGGUGGAGGAAAUUCCGGACGAAUACCCUUCGAAAUUACUGGCUCUGUUGGACGACAUACAAAGAGAGCCCCGGCACAAAUGCAUCGUAUUUUCAUCUUGGAAGAAGACUCUCGAUCUUGCAUCUGGACUACUCCAGCGAGCUGGACUGAGGCACAGCAUCAUUCACGGCAGCUUGAGCCUCAAACAGAGAUUGAAGGUUCUGAAAGAGUACAAGUCCCUUUUCGGGCCCAACAUCUUGUUAAUGACACUGGGGACAGGGGCGGAAGGGUUUGUGCACGCAUUUGAAACCUGCGACCAUGGCUAUGCUAACGAGAACAGCUUGAACUUGACAAUCGCGUCACGCAUCUAUCAUCUUGAGCCUCAGUGGAAUCCAUUCACCGAAAUGCAAGCCAUGGCACGAGCGCAGCGCAUAGGACAGACGAAGCAAGUCGUCUGCGUGCGGUAUUUCAUGAAAGGCUCAAUUGAGCAGAGUGAUGUUCUCAACCGGCAGAAGAUGAAAAGAGCACUUGCCGGUGGGGGGUUUCAAAAGAAUAAGAUGCACGACUCCUUGGUAGGACAAGUUCUUCGGCAAGAUGAAACUUGA